CCCACCACAGUAGGACGGUCGUCGACGUCCAGUGACUCCGCAGUCAAGCGAAACCAAAUGAAAAACAGAAGCAGUAAUGGCUUUUGACUCGGAACCAAGUGGCCGCUCUCCUGCAGUUGCCGGAAUACUAAUAGCUGUAAUAUCCAGUUUCAUCAAUGGGUCGACAUUUGUGCUUCAGAAAAAGGGAAUAUUACGCUCCCGCGACAGAGGAGGCUCGUACCUCAGAGAUGUGGUGUGGUGGAGUGGCACGAUGUCCAUGAUUAUUGGCCAAAUCGGGAAUUUCCUGGCGUACAAUGUGGCCCCUGCUGUGAUAGUUACACCACUAGGAGCCCUUGGAGUGUUAUUUGGGGCUGUGCUGGCUUCUUGGAUCCUGGAGGAGCAUUUAAAUAUCCUGGGGAAGCUCGGCUGUGUAUUAUGUUGCUGUGGCUCUGUUGUGCUUAUCAUUCAUGCCCCUAAAGCAGAGGCUGUAACGUCGAGACUGGAGCUAGAGGAGAGGCUGUCAGACCCAGUGUUUGUAGUGUAUGCCCUCCUUGUGGUCCUUAUUCUGAUCACUCUAAUCGUGUGGAUUGCUCCAGCUCACGGCACAUCAAACAUCAUGGUGUAUGUUGCCAUAUGUUCCCUCUUGGGAAGCUUCACUGUUCCAAGCAGCAAAGGACUCGGCCUGGUAGCCCAAGACGUCUUUGGUGAAGGGCCCUCGAGCAGCAGAGCUCUGGCUCUCCUCGUGUGCUUGCUGGGGACGUUGGCAGUCAGCAUCCUCAUACAGUUCUUCUUCAUCAGUAAGGCCUUGGAGUGUUUCAGCUCCAGCAUGUUUGAAGCCAUAUACUAUGUGGCGUUCACAUCCAGCGUGAUUCUCGCUUCUGCUCUUCUCUUCAAAGAGUGGACUGCACUAACUUUGACUGACAGCCUUGCCAUGCUUUGUGGUCUAACAACAGUGUGUGUGGGGGUCGGUUUACUCCGCAUUUCCCAGGAGGCUGUGAUUAUUUGGAAGAAGAAGGAGGCGUGGGAAAAGACAGACUGAUUGAGAUGUUUUCAUAUUCACACGACUUUUGUGCCAUACUGCAUUUCUUAUUAACAUAGUCUAUACUUUUGUACCAUGCUAACUCCAGUUUCAGUGACCAAAACUACAGUAUACUGUAUUCAUAACUAGUUUCACUUAACAUUAUACUUGAAUCUCCUUGCAGUUUCUAAUGAAGCAGUUCUUAGUUACUGUGUAAUCCACAAAUAUCACAAACAGUUAAACCCAUUCAUUUUUCUCUUGCUAAUCAUUCCUGCUGUAACUUAAUUAUUACAAAUGCAACUCUCAUGCUUUCAACAGCAAACUCAAACAUGGACCGGGUGACUAACAGUUACAUUGUCAACUUUGUGUUUUUACCCAUUCCAAAUGGUUACAUAGAGACUUACAAAAAAAUCCCAAAGCUACAAAUAAUUCUGUUUUCUUUCAUGAAUGUGAAUGAAUGAAUCCCCUCAAGGCUUUAAGAGGUCCCUUAAAUGUUCUCCCUUUCUCCCCAAGCCGAACUGUCUCAGUGUAGAAUCACCUACACUUUUACUAAUUCAGUGUGCCUGCGAAUUAUUCAAUGAAAUUUCAGAAGCAGUCUCUUUAGUGCAGGAGUUGUAUAGAAGAUGAGUAUCAGCAAUGACUGAGUGUUUGGUCUGAUGGAUGGAUUUAUAAAGCUGAUAUAACAAAUAUAAACUAUUCUUCUGUGGCCACUUGUUUUGUUUUGUCAUGAUAUUAAGUGUUGCUAUGUGAUAUACAUGUUUGGAUUAGACAUUAUUUGGAUUAUGGAUUAUUUAUAUAUAUCAUACAUAUGUUUACACUAAAUUCUACUACUGUAUGUGUCAGAGGUGGCUUAAUGGUGAUGCCUAAACUUGAAACUGGCGUGCUGGCAUUAGCAACAUUUGUCCUACUGAGGAGUCAGUGAGCAACACACUAUCCUUACAAGCUCUAUGGGUCUAGUCUUUGUUAAGUUAUUCGGUUAAUAUGCUUGAUUUCAAAAGAAUAACACUAAAUCAAACUAGUUACAUGUCAGCGUCACCUGUAAGAUAUCUUGGCUUUUUCCAGCCUCAUACAACUUGUGCCUUGAAUCUUUAAUACACUGUCAGGUUUCUGGGGUAAGAAACAGACACAAAUAACUCUCCCACCAUUCCUCUCUAAAGAUGUUGACGAUUAGGGCUGCAACUUUUUUUAUUGUAAGUAAAUUGAUCAAUCAUUUUGGCUAUAAAUUGAAUGUCCACUGUUAUUUCGCAGAGCCCAAAUUGACAUCUUCAAAUGAGUCGUUUUAUCAGACCAACAGCCCACAACCAAUAUAUAUUUGAUUUACUAUCAUAGAGGAACAUAAGAAAAUCUUCACUUUGGAAAAGCUGAGAUCCGAGAAUGUUUGACAUUUUUUGCUUGAAAAAAAUAAUUGUAACGAUCAGUCGAUUAUCAAAAUAUAUUAGUUACCAAUUAAUUUCCUGUCAAAUAAAUAAUCAAUUAACUGGCUGAUCUUUUUUUUCAGAUUAAAUUAUUCCAGUUUCUUCCAAUGAUACCUGCUGAAUUGAAACUGUUAGAUUAUAAAACAGAUUUACAAUAAGUGAAUAAAUGUUUCCUCCAAUUUAUUUAGUAAAACUUUUGACACAUAUCAUUAAACUAAUACUGAUUUAAAUUCCCACAUAUGUUGGUUGUCAUGAUGCUGUAGUCCCUAUUAUUAGCAAUGUGUAUUAAAACAAGUUUUGUUUUUGUUAUAAC